GUGCAACUUGCCCAAAGUGUGUCCAGGCCCUGGGAUUGGCAGCUGAAGUGAGCACUCUAGAGUACCUGUGAGCACCAAACGCUGCGUUGCCCUUGAAUCCCAGCUGUCAACUAAACCUCAAACAGCUGCUCACUGUUUGCAAGUAGAUCUCUACAUCCCCUCUCCCUUCUGUCCCAGCCUUUAUUAGUUUUUUUGUAUUGGCCUAUGCACGGAAAAGGUUGCUUUUGCCCUUUUCCUCGCUGCCAGGCUGCCCCAAGCAGCGCUUUGCUCUCUGGGGAUUGUCAUGUCUCAUGGAGGGUUUUUUCAUGAUUACUUGUUACGGACCCGGUGGCCUCUUCCCUUCCAGCUGCCCAGCGUGUGGGAGCCGCCGGGUGGAAAUGGUUUCCUCGCCGAGGUCGCGUUCACAGACAGCAACCCACGAAGUGACAGUUCUGGCCGGGUGGCGGCAGAGCUGCAGCAGCGGCAGGCGGGCCGGGCCGGGCCGGGCCGCGGCGCCGCUCCCAUGGCAACGGCCGCGCCGCCGCCGCCGCCGGAGCCGCCAUGGCCUCGCUGGCCGCGGCCUGGGCCCCCGCCCCGCGGGCGGCCUCCCGCUCCCCCGGCCUCGGCUCCUCUCGCGGCGGCGGCGAGAGGCGCACGAACGCCCCGGACACCGCCCAGGAUACGCAGUCGAGGUCAGUGGAUUUGAAUCACGUCAUCGCAAUACUGAAAGAUUCGAGCUCAAUUUGGAAAAAGAGCAGCUGAAAACUCUCAAGAAGGUAGUCAAGCAUUUUGAAAAUGGACUUCCCCUUAAGGAUGUAGCACGAAUUACUGAAAUUCUUAACCUGUGUGCAGAAAAAAUGAAUGAACAAGAAGCUUUCAUUGAGCCUUUAUGUGAACUUAUAAAAUUGUUUGAUGUUUUGAGAGGUAAACCUACCGGAAAGCUGCUUCUACAGUUACCAUUUCAAAAAAAGAAAGUCUCUGAUAAAACAAACUAUUCUGAUGAAGUUUCACAAUCCAUUGCACAACUGGGUUACUUGAUGAGAGUGCCAAGCUCUCAAGUUAAAAUACAAAUCUGUAAGAGUAUUAUUAACUUUUAUAAUAUGGAGCUACCAGGAAAACUACUUUCAGGUUAUCAGCCAACAAGUCCAAACUACAAAAUCAAGAUGGCUGAGGCAGGAGGAUUAGCAGAAGCUCUUGUUUUGUCACUAGCAUUAGUUGAAAAUCAACUUACUGAGAAGUUGUGGGUACUUAAAGCUCUUCAGCUUCUUUCCACCUCUGAAAUAAGUUGUGGACAAAUGGUGAAGGCCCAAGCAGCCAGCAGGCUUUGUUUGUGUCUAAAUGGUGCUGACCCCUCAGGACAGCUGGUGUUCUGUUCCUCAGAUAUCCUAUGGAACCUGCUAGAAAAAGCCUCAAAAGAAGAAGUUGUCAAUCAGCUCAGAAGCUUGGAAUGUGUACAUGCUUUGAAAGAAGUAUUUGUAGAUGUCACGUGUGGCUUCCAGCACUAUGAUCAUCAGCUACGGAAUGACCUCUUGGUGAUUGCCACAUUACUAGCUGAAAACCCUGCAGUACCUAUGAUUGAAAGUGGAUUUGCAAAGGUCUUAAUAGUACUUGCAACAUGUACUGAAGUUAAACUUCCCAAUCCCUUGGUAAAGGGUUUUAAACUUACCUACUCAUAUGAGGAUUUUGAGAUGAAGAAGUUACUAUUUAAUGUAUUAAAAAUCUUCUCUAGAGACCCAUCUGCUGCACAGCUCCUCGGUGAAAAUCAUGUAAUGCCAGCUUUGCUUUAUUAUGUGAAACAAAAUCGAAAGUCUGGAUUUCCUAACUGGUCUGAUGCCCAAUAUGAAGAAUUACAGCUUCAUGCACUUGCUGUUUUAGCUUCAGUGGCUCCUGUGUUAUUAGACAAAUAUUUGUCCUGCCAAGCGAAUACUCUUCUCCUUGUGUUUCUAGAAUGGUGUGUAGGCCAAGAUCCUUUCUUUGGACAAGGUAGCAGUUUCCAUGGAACAGGUGGUCGUGGCAACAAACUCCCACAAAUGCGCUACAGCCUCCGAGCUCUGAGAUCUGUUGUGGCCCUCUAUGAUGAUGCUGUGAGCACUAAUUUGUGUGACCAGGGAGCAAUUAGCCAGCUACUGGACAUCUUAAAGUAUGCAGCAGACAAAUCUAAAGAAAAAGAAGGUACCAUUCUACUAGAAAUCCAAGCUGACAUAUUAUUUAUUUUGUCUGUUCUCUGUGAAAAUGAUGUCCACAGAAAGGAACUCUUCAGCUGUGAAGGAGUUGCUAUACUCAUCUCAUUCUUUAAGAUGGAGCCAAGGAAGUUAUAUUGUGCAUUAGGCCACAAUUGUCUCCUCCUCAGUGCACUCGACUGCUUGUGGUCCUGUGUCAUUGGAUGUUACAUUGCAGAGGACUCUUUUAUUGAAAAACAGGGCAUUUUCCUCCUUCUGGAUUUGUUGGCAUUAAAGGAAAAGAACCUGUGCAAUACAAUUCUUGGAAUCUUGGUUGAUCUUUCUGAUAACCCUAAAACGGUUUUGCACAUGAGUGUCUGGCGAGGGAGGAGAGAUCAAACAGCAGCUAACCUUCUAAUACAGUUAUGGAGACAGGAGGAGCUGGAAUUGGGAAUCAAACGUGAUCAAUAUGGAGUGAUUAUUGACACCAAGAGACCUAUUACUACCAGCUUCCAGAAACAGCAAAAGGUCGUUCCACUGCCUGCCAGCUGUCCCACUUUUGCCAUCAUGGAGAUUUCAGAGAGCAUGAGGGCAAAAGUUUAUUUAUUAUUUUGCAAGCUGGGUUUUGAAAAUUUGCCUGGCCUAUCUACUAAGGAUUUUGUUACACUUGCUAUUAUACAACAUUAUAUUGACUUUAAAAUUGGAGAGGUUUGGAGUGAAAUAUCUGCAGAAAUAAAAGAAGAAUUCAGGCCUGUUACACCAGAUGAGAUGAACUUGAAACAUAUUUCAGAUGUGUCAGAAAAUACUGGAAAAAUGGUUGCUUCUCUGCAGACUGAAGUGCUUGAGAGACAAUACCACCAGGAAAUCCAAGAAGAGAAAAAAAUUUACAAGAAAAUCCAAGCUACCCACACACAGAGAGAACUGAUAAAUAAAUCUUGGGAAAAUUUCUUGACUCGGACAUCAAACUAUGAGGCAUUGAAGAAAGCAAAAAUGCUCCAGGAAACAUUAAUAGAGGCUUCCACACCUAAGCUAAAUAUUAAAAAUGGACCAGAACAUUCUAUUCAUAUUCCAAAACUUCAUACAACAAUCGGACCUGGUCGCUUUGUUACUGUGGAAAGUAUGCCUCAUCAGCGAGAGCUGCUGGCUGAUACAGACCAUGCUCCUAGAAAGUCCUCUGUUUGUAAAGGAGCCUUAAGAAAUUAUCAAAAGAGAUAAAACACUGGACUCAGUCAAGAAAAAAUCAGUACCUGUAGAAUAGAUGUUGUUCCAAAGAGUAAUAUAUUAAUAUGUAGUUUCCUAUAUGUAGAUACAAGAUAAAAUAUGUUUUUAAUUGCUUGAAAAAUUCUUAGAAUAUCAAAAGAGUAAUAUUAUAUCUUCCCUUAAUUAAUAUAAUGUGGGGAUGUUUUAUUAAUAAAGUCCCCUGUACAGUAUGGGACAAAGGUAUGUUAGUCUAGUGACUUUGCGUGCUAAUAUCCACUGUCAGCAGGUCCGCUGUUUUCAUUUCCAUCUCUUCCUGACACUUCCCAUACAUUGCAGUUUAGGCAUCUCAUUGAACAGGGAGAUAAGUCUUCACAUAAACACAUUUGAGUCUUCAUUUUCCUGAAUACCAUACCCACAUAACUUUUGUCCAAGCCCAUUUUGUUUCUUGAAUUGCCACUUUUUAGCAUCAGGACUUUUGAAUCCCAGUUUUCAUCUAAACACUCAUUAAGGAGCUUGUUUGUGCCACCAGUUUUGCCCAGCCCGUUGGAGAGGCCUUCUGGACCGUCCUUCUCCAUUUGGGUUGCUCACAGCUCUUUAACUGAUCUUACUAAUCUAAUAAUUGUUGGGCUCUUAUUCCCACUGUCUCCAAAAGGAACUCAUCUUCUUCCUCCUUGGCACCUCCAGAAUGCCUACAUGAACUGGUGAGUAGCAGACCUUUUGUGUAGAUGACUCAACUUCUGAGCUAUUUUCUUUUUUAAUUUGGUCAAUGCCAGAAUUCACUGCUACAAUAGUGCAAGACUCCCUGAGGCUCUUCAUUUUACAACCACUUGCUCUCUAGUGCUAUGGCAUGAAUUUCUGUGACAUUGCAAGCUUUUAUGCUGUGACAUAUAGAUUGGCACUUAGCCUGUCUUUUUGCCUGCCAGCAACAUCUUGAGAAAAGCACAAACUUUUGCUUUUUUAAUGGCCAGCUUGAAAAAAAGGAAAUAAAUUUGAGCUAAACUUACUCCAGCUCACUUUUUUUACUUCAUGAAAGAGGGAUGGGAUAGGUGUGUGUAUAAGUGUAUCGUCAAAAUGUUUGUUACAUAACAAGACAAACAUAGAAGUGGUGGCAUUAAAAAUGAAGGCAAAUAGUUUUGUUUCAAAAUUGACUACCUAGAUUCUAUAAAAAGAAGAACCCUAAGAAAAUAACAAAAUAAAAUAAAACAUACAUAUGAAAAAUGGUAUUUGAAGUUUAGAAAUAUCUCUAUAUAUGUGUUUUCCAAAAAUCAGAAGGAUUUUUCUUAUGGGCAGGUCUGUUACGCCCUUGUUGAGUAAGAAAGUCAUCACAUUGUAGAAUAGGAAAGUCAUCUAGUACUUAAAGAUAGAGAAAUUAAAUUGAGUUGUUCUAAUUUAAUUUAACUUUUUAUGGUGACCUUUUGCUGACUGAUAAUUUUUAACUAUAAUCUAAUUUCAUUGUGAUAUUUUCCCAAGACUAUCAGUAUAAACUUUGUUUUAUUGAACUAGCCUAUUUGUAUUUCUUGCCUGCCCACAAGAAAGGUUAGCCAAGGUGUAUAAAGAUUCUCUGAAGUCCUCUGUGUCAAGUAGUCUUGCUCAGUUUUUUAUGUUUAUAUUUCUCUGACAGCUCUGCAGCAGCCUUGCUGCUUUACUACUGGUUGAGAGAAUGUAUGGUCUGUUGUCUUUUUACAAUUAAAACCAAACUAUACGUAUUUUACUAGGAGACCAAAAA